AGCCACCCAAAAUAUAAAGUAAAUUUUUUUAAGGAAAACAAGGUUUUCUCCUUUUUCUCUUUUCUUUCUCUCUACAAACAUGUCUCAAGUUGAAAAGUCCCAAAAGGUUGGUGUUGAAGAACACGUUGAAGCCAAGAUUCACCGUAUCCGUAUCACUUUGACUUCUCGCAAUGUCAAGAACUUGGAAAAGGUCAGCGCUGAUCUCAUCCAACGUGCCAAGGACAAGCAACUUAAGGUGAAGGGUCCUGUUCGUCUUCCUACCAAGGUGUUGCGUAUUACCACCCGUAAGUCUCCUUGUGGUAACGGUUCUGAAACUUUUGACCGUUUCGAAAUGCGCAUCCACAAGCGUUUGAUUGACUUGCACUCUCCCUCUGAAAUUGUCAAGCAAAUCACCUCUAUCUCUAUUGAACCUGGAGUUGAAGUUGAAGUUACCAUUGCUUAGAUUUUAAUCUGAAUAGUUUUAUCUUGAUGUUUUUUAUUUUUACAAAUAUAUAUAUUUAUUCCAUGAACAAUAAAAAGUCUUCUUGAUAUAUAUU